GAAAAAUAUUCGAAACGACAUUUCUUGUCUGCGCAUUCAAUUCAUGCCUGUUCCCUUUACGUACUCAACCACCACCUCCUCCCUCCUCCCUCCUCCCUCCUCCAUUUCCUUGACGGAGAGUCACUCUCUCAUCGGAAUCCCCGCCGGAAGCUGUAGGAUGAUCGGCGUCGGUGCUCCAUUCUCCGGGCGCACAGCCCUACGCUUCCCAGCCGCCGCUGACCAGCCGAGCGGGAGCCGGUCGGUCGCCUGCAGUCCGGCCUGCUUCUCUGGCUUCCCGCCUUCGGCUCGACUGUGCCAGCGGAAGAAGCUGCGGUGUGGGUUCCGUUCGAUCCUCAUUUCGUGCAAGUCGUCGUCCCGGGGGAGCUCCGGCGGCAGAUCGGUCGGCUCUGAUGACGGCAGCGAUGGGGACUACCUCCCGGCGUCUCUGCUGCUUGCAGAGACUGUGUCUCACUACUGCAUGCUGCAGCAAGGAUACGAAGAAGAAGUAAAAUGGCUGAUCGCACGUCAAUUUCACCCUUUCUCUAUGCAAGUGAAGGGACCGAGAGCAGAUUCUGGUUUAAUUAGCCAGGAUUUCCUUCGUCGUUUUCCUAAUCCAACAAUUUUUCUUAAAAUCACUUGUGAUGGGGACUUUGUUCUGCCGAUUAUUGUAGGGGAAUAUUCCAUUGAAAAGCUCAUUGAUGCCCAUCGGGGAGAUGAUAAUCGGAAUUGUCCGGACCAGUUUCAGUUUGUGAAGAGCCUUCCGGAAAAAUUUGGUUACAAAAUAGAGAUGGUCAGGAUUACAGAAAGGGUGGUCAAUACUUACUUUGCCAGAUUGUAUUUCAGCAAGCCUGGGGAAACUGAGUUAUUUAGUGUAGAUGCCCGUCCGUCAGAUGCCAUAAAUGUAGCAUACAGAUGCCAGGUGCCGGUAUAUGUCAAUAAGCAGAUUGUCCUAACCGAUGCUAUUAGGAUUGGCUAUGGCGCAGACAGAUCACGUGAUGCGAGACCUGUUUAUGAUGUCUCACUUGACAGUGCUGCAGAAGGACCUGAUAUACUUGUUGAGGAACUUGAUCUCGUGAAAAGUAUGAAUUUAGCCAUCAAAGAGGAAAGAUACAUCGAUGCAGCCAUGUGGAGGGAUAAGUUAAGGAAGCUUCGCAAAUCAAAGACGUGAUCAUCUGCCCAAAGUUAAGGCUCCGCCCAUGAACAUUAGGAACGAUGACAUGCAUCUCUAUAUUGGCCCACCUGGCACAGUUGGCUCUAUUGGUUCCAAUUCUCUCGAUGUACCUAGCCCGGAUGCUGACAUUGUUAUAUGUAUACAGGGGGGUUUGCGAUUACUUACAAUAUCCUGGUGAGCGGUUGAAUGUCCACUCACGAAAUGUACAGAUUUAGGUAAUAGUUAACAGUUUGUACAGUCGUAACUCCAAUGACACGAUCGCCUGUUCCUCAUGCAAGAGCAUCGGUUUGUACUUGGACACUUUUCUAUGUAUCCAGCCAAACCUAAAACCUGUGGUAAAUGAAGUAUGUAUAUUUUUCUUGCGUUUUUUGCU